AAUAAUAAGAAGAAGAAGACGUUCAACUUCAUUUUCUGUCGAGUUCAAAACCAAGGCAUCAGCUGUGGUUACCGUGCAGUCGAUUAUGGGAAGAAUUUGUGCGGUCAGAAACUGCGGGAAGAUCUCUAGAAAAAGGAGUUGUCAUCGGCUUCCUCUCAACACACCUAAAAGUCAUAGAGUCAGAAAGUUGUGGCUUUCAUUCCUCGGGUUCGACAUAAACACCCCAGUAAAUGUACUUCGGGAAGCCGACCAUCGCGUUUGCGCCUUUCACUUUCGGCCUGAGGACUACCUGAAAUCAACAAGUCAUCGAAAGAAGUGUCCGAAGAGACUGCAUCUGAAAACGGCAGCUGUACCUACGCUUUGUGGACCAACGCUAGACGAAGAAGACCUCGGGGCUGUUGGCGGUGUGGUGGACCAGCCUUCUACCUCCAGCAUAUCCUUGGUCCUCACCAGUCCACAGCCACGGCCUCACCAAUCCAAUAAAUCCCCAAGGAAGUCCUUAUCUGGCAGUUACCUUGCUUUCCCUGUGAUCAGGGAGAGGCUCUCACUAUCUCCAGAUGAUUGUGAAACUGAGAUGCUUCAAAUGGACACAAGCAUUUCCUCAGUCAUUGAGGAUGACCCAAAAUACAUGAGCUUCAGCCUCAGUCAACAGUCAAGUUCAAGUGAAACCUCCAGUUCAAGUGCCUCAGAAGAGCAAGGGGAGUGGGAUGAAAGAAAAUGGAUUGUGAACGAGUCUAGCAUCAUGCAACUGUUUAGAACAUGCCAUAUAUGUGCCGCACAAAUCACUGAUAAAAAAGUGACAACUACAGGCAGCCAACUAAAGAUUGAAUGGACAUGUUUGAACAAUCAUCAUGGCAAGUGGGCAUCAUGUCCUGAUGCAAGAGGAAUGGCACAGAAUAACUUGCUUGUUUCUGCUGCUACGCUUUUCUCUGGAACAACUUUCACUGAAGUACACGAGUGGGCCAGCAUCCUAAACUUGCAACUCUUGAAGAAAUCCCAGUACUACUCCAUCCAAUCCGACUACCUUAUUCCAGUAGUACACUUUGCAUACAAGGAUCAUCAUGAGAAUCUCAUUAGGCGACUUAUUAGACAAAAGGCUGAAGGCGAGUCCAUAGAGCUGUGUGGAGAUGCCAGGUCUGACUCACCAGGCUACAGCUGCAAGUAUUCCACCUAUUCGUUUCAGCUUCUAUCCAGUAAUGAGAUCAUUCACUUUCAACUACUACAGGUAACGGAAGCUAGCAGUUCAGUUGCCAUGGAGUCCCAAGGCUGUAGGAGGGGCCUCAACCAUCUAAUUUUCAAUGAAGGAGUAGAUAUAGACCUCAUCACUACAGACCGGGCCACAUCAGUUCGGAAAAUAAUGAGGGAGGAAUUCCAGAAUGUUCACCAUGAAUUUGAUCCUUGGCAUGUAUCAAAAGGCAUAAAGAAAAAACUGGUAGCACUCGCCAACAAAAAGGAAAAUCAGGUCCUGCAGGGCUGGAUUUGGGCGAUCCUCAAUCACUUUUGGUUCUCAUGCUCAUCUUGUGGUGAGAGUGCUGAGGAACUGAAGCGACGGUGGACCUCAGUCCUCCACCACAUCUGUGGGGAGCACACAUGGGAGCAAGAUGGAAGAAAGUGGGCAUGCCCUCACCCUGCUCUCAACCCAGAUCAGCAAAGGACAAAGCGAUGGCUCCAGCCAGAGUCUCAAGUCUUCAAGUCUUUACGGAAUAUUGUUGAAGUUAAAAGACUGCUGAAAGACCUUGAGCAGAUGACUCGCUUCAAACAUACAGGAUCUUUGGAGGUGUACCACAACGUUAUGCUAAAAUAUCUGCCGAAACGACUGCAUUUUCGGUACGACACCAUGGUAGCCCGAACACAGCUAGCCAUCCUGGACAACAAUUACAAUGUUGGCCGACAGCAGACAGAGACUUCAGAAGGACUUCCAAGAUACAGUAUGGUGUUCCCAAAACAGAGCAAGGAAUGGGUAGCCAAGAAGAUCUAUGAGCCUACUAGUCAGUACUUCACACAACACCUUGUGAAACUCGCGUUGGAGAGAAGGGAGGAAAGAACACCGGAAGACAUUCCACAUGUCCAGCGGCCUGCAAACAUUGCAACUAAGGAGAGACCCCCCAAGGAAGAUUUAAUCAGGAAACAUCAAUCCAGAUUCCCUCGCCACACUGAUGUUUGAAAAACCAAGGAUCCAGAUUGUAAAUUUGUUUAUAUGUCAGAAUCAGAAUCACUUUUAUUACCCCUUAUUGUACAGUAGGCUACACAAGAGCAAAAUUAUUAGGCUUGGUUCCUCAGCAUACACAUAGCUGCAAGAAAAAAAUAUAAAAUAAGUUUAAAAAUAAAUAAGUAUAAAAAUAAAUAAGUAGCAGCAUUAAUAAUAAUAAAGUAAUGAGGUAUAAUAAAGAGUGAAGUGUAGGGUGUUCAAGUGGUAGUGUUGUAAAUGUGUUUGUAAAUACAGUCGGCCUAUGUCUACCUUUACCCAUUAGGAAAACAUGUUUAGGCCUACAGACACUAGUGCACUUUCUAAAUAAAACCAACGAUUUUAGAACAAAAGUUUUUUUUAUUGAGAAGAAAUUAAAAAGUAAACGCAAUGCAGUUAGGUAGGAACAGAAGGUAGGAACAGAAGGGUAAGAUAUUAGAUUAGAUUAGGCUUUAUUGAUCCUUUUGGGAUGACUCCCUCAAGGAAAUUGAUUGUCCAGUAGUUUACAGAAAGAAACACAACACAAUAUUAAAUUAUAUACAAUAUAAGAUAAA